UGCAAGCACGGUCACACUGGCAGCGACGGUGGUGUUAGUUGAGCAAAAAAAAAAAACGAAUUCAGCAAUUGAAGUUGAAUUAAUUGAAUUGACACCAAUUGCUGCGCUUGGCAGAGAAGCAGGGAGACAAUGCAGGUGUAAUCCGCUGGCCGGGCGCCGACGCACAACACCAGGAUGCACUUUUCCAUACCGGACACGCAGGAGAUGGGCUCUGCGCCCACCUACACGGCCUACAACCUACACAUAAACGGCUGCUACCACAGCGUCUUGCGCUACAAACAGCUGCACUCCUUGAACGAGCAGCUGCGCAGGCACUGUGUGGGCGUGCCCCUGCCUGCGUUCCCACCCAAACGCCUCCUGCCGCUGACCAAUGGCCAGUUGGAGGCGCGUCGCAGUGCCCUGGAGCAAUACCUGCAGGCGGUGGGUCAAGACAGCCGCCUCGCGCGAUCCGCCCACCUGCAGCAGUUCCUGCAGCGGGCCCAACUGGACACGGCCCUCGCCGAAGGCCAGGUGACCAGCGACUGCGAGGAACAGCAGCUGGAGGUACAGGUCUACACUAAUCCCGCCGGCGAACGCAUCCUGGUCAGUUGUUCCGUGCAGCAAAACUCCAGGGCACUGUUGAGGAGCGUCUGUCGAGAUCUCCAGCUGCCCGACGAGCUGGUGCGCUAUUUCUGUCUGUUCCUUGUGCGGCGCCAGCGGAAAUCCGACGACCUGCACUUGAUGCGUCGCCUCAUGGACUUCGAGUCGCCGUACAUUACGCGUCUGCAUAUGCAGCCCUGCGAAUUGUUGCUCCGUACCUGCUACUGGGACUCGAGUCGAGAUGCCAAGCUAACUGGGAGCAAGGUGGCCCUGAAUCUGCUGUACAACCAGACCGUGGCGGAUGUGAACCGCGAGUGGGUGGUCAUCUGUUCGCCCGGCGAAGGCCGUCAGCUAAGCUGCUUGCAAUUGCAGGGAAGACCGCGCGAGUACAUGGACCUGGUGCGCCAGUUGCCCUCCUACGGUUGCCUGCAGUUUGAUGAGGCGCAAGUGGAUUAUCCGGAGCCAAAUACAAUGGCGCUGGUCAGCAUUGGCAACAAGGAGCUAGGACUGCGCACGGCACGAGGCGUCAAGAUCUAUGAGACCAAGUUCCGGGUGACCAGGAUGCGAUCGUGGCGCGUCAGCGUUACCCACAACACGCUGGAGUCACGCCUGCAGCCCUCGCACCUCCAACUGGCGUUCGAGUAUCUGAUUGGCAAGCAGACGCUGCGCUGGAUAACCAUAAAUAGCGAGCAGGCCAUGCUGAUGUCCGUGUGCCUGCAGGCGAUGGUCGACGAACUGUUGCACCGUGGUGAAGGCGGGAAGGCGGAUGGCAGCAGCGACGACGAGCAGGAGCAAACGGCGGUCACAUCGUCCUCAUCGACGCCGAGCUCGACGUGCUCCACAUCAACGUGGGCAUCUUCCUCGUGUUCUACGUCCACGGCGCCCACAACGCCGCCAGUUAGGUUUCUGUCCGAGGAUUCGGCCCCAAGAAACAAGCCUAGGAUGACGACAUCCCGCACAUUUGGAGCUGUGUUCUUCCGCAACGAUGUGGCUGACAAUGCCGCAAGGGUGUCCAACGAGGCCUUUGAAGGCAUCGGGGACGAUGAUCUAUGAAUGUGCUAAGGUAAUGCUUGCCGCAAGUUGCCAAAUUGAUUGCCUUUUCCGAGAAAAGGGCCGCCAAACUAGAUUAAAUCCAACUGCUGGUAGUGAGUGCAGAAGCAGCUUGACUCAUUUGACUAAGGUUAAAGAUUUUAUAUGUGUGUAAUACAAAAAGACACUAUCCCCUCUGCUACUUGCAAGUGUUACGAAUCCUAAAAAGGAUUUGCGCAGCCAAUGCUCAAGAUUAAUGGCUCGUCUCACCAUGAUUAUUUAUAUCUAAAUGUUGAAUUAUUGUAAAUGAUCUGUAAAUGGGAAUUUGACGAAACCUUUUAUCUCUUUUAUUAUUUCUUGUAUUGUAAUAUAUGUAUGUACUUGAACUUCUUUAUUUUAGAGUUAGAUGAAAAAUAUGUUAUGCAUUUUACAAAAAUAAAUGUACUGAUAAAUAUGGCAAAUGAAAUAGGGAGUCCAAAUGGAUUUUUCCCUAAAACAAUUAUAAAUGUAUGUACAUUCCCUUAUCUGUUGAUUCACUUUCGAAUAAAUGACGAAAAUGUUUGGACGUUGUCACCAUUUA